UUGUGAUCUGAACUGCCCCCCCCAGCUCGCAUCCGUCGCAGCUGUCACGACGGCCUAGUGAGGAGACGACGGACGAUGGCGGGGCUGCUGGCGUGGGCGGCGGACGUCGUCGUCGGGGGCGGCGCCAGCGACGGGGAGGACGAGCGCGACUCGAUCCCCGCCCUCUUCACCGAGGAGCAGCGGCGCUACGCGCGCGAGCUGGAUCGGAAGGCGGCAGCCCUCGGCCGCUCGAUCCAGGAUCUGCGGGCGAGGAUCCCGCCGCAGGACAUCGCCCAGCGCCUCCCGCACCUCCACGCUCACUCGCUCGCCUCCAACGCCGCGCUCGCGCUCCAGCUGAACUCUCACUCCACCACGCGCGAACAAACCCAACUGAGGGAAGUGACCCUGCAAGAAGAAAAUGCGGCCUACGAAAAGGCCAUCUUGAACUGUGAGAACAAAGUUAAAGAGAAAAUGCAGGAAGCAGACGCACUUCAAAGGAAGUUAGUGGAUAUGGAUGAGAAUGAAGAGAAUUUGACGGCUGAACUGGAAAAUGCUCAAUCAGCAAUUGAAAUUGACGAAUCUGAUCGUUGUCCGGAGAUAGUGGUUGAAUCUAAGUCUCAACUGGAUAUUCAACCUGCAUUGGAUGCGGAAACUUCUAAGUCUACUAUGCUAGAGAACUUGGAGAGCAAGAAGAAAGAGUUGAGUGCUGUGGAGGAGAAAGUUAAAAAUGUAGAGAAGAGAUGGGCGCUGAUUCAGGAAAAUGCACUGAAACAGCCUUCACCAGCUCAGAGAGAGAAGAUAUUGGAUAAACAGCUGCACAGUUUGCUGGAGCAAUUGGCAGCGAAGCAGGGCCAAGCAGAAGCCUUGGUCACUGAAGUCCAUGAGAAAGAAAAGGAACUAGAGAGGUUGAAUGGGCUAUGGAAGAGGCUGGAGAGUAAUUCUUCGGAGGUGAAUGCUACAAGAAACCGGUUUGGAAGAAGCAUGUUUGACAAAGGGUCUGCUUCUUCAGAUUACAUAGUUGAUGGGCAACACAAACCUCUCUUUAGCAUUGGCCGAUGGGACAGCCCGCAGAGGCCUGCUCUAUUGAGAGCUUCAAACGGAGAUGCAAGGGCUCUAAUCCCAGAUGGGAGAGCUCCGAUGGGAGAUGUUGGGCACCUUGAGCGCUACAACCAAUGACCUCCGGCAACGGGACAAUGCUUUGGUGGAGGCCAUGCGCGCGGAGAUGAUUGAACUCAAGGUGAAAUCAUUGAAGUGGAAGCUACACGGUGAUCAUUGUGUAACCUAGUCCACGAGUGGAUGCCCCCGAGCUGAAAGAAUUUAAGGGCAUAAGGGUGGCCAAGGAUGGGGACGACUUUUAUGGUAUAUGAAGCAGUGCUUCCAAGUCACGGGAAUUACUGAUGGGGUGCUUUGGGUAGGUACUGCAGCCAUUUACUUGAGUAAUAAUGCUUUAUUGUGGUCGCGUUGCAAGAGUGAUAAUAGAAGCGGCGAAGCCAUCACAAGUUGGGAAAAAUUCCUUUAGGAAUUCCGCCAAUAAUACUGCCACGCACAUGCGGUGGAGGAGGGUUGGAACGAUAAUCAUUUCCUGGAACGAAAAGGUGAGUUCGGGAGUGCUUGAAGAGUUUCCCGAAGCUGUUGCUAUAAAUUCCUUCCAUGCACAAGAAGAAAGCCUUUUCCAAUUUAUGGGUGGUAUCAAACCAUGGGCGAAGCUUGAAUUGAGGUGGCCAUGUGCAAAGAAUCUAUCGACGGCCAUGUCAGUGGCUAGACACUCAUACAGUUUGAGACGAACUUCGGGGUAUAAGUCGGACUCUCAAUCUAAGAACAAAGGCAUUGUUGGGGGAAAUCGCAACAAGUUUCAUUGCCCAAGUGGAGGCCAACCACCAGUUGCCCCCGCGAAGGCGAAGCCGGAGAUGAGCGGCAGGGAUUACAAGAAAGAUUGCUUUUCCUUAAAGUGCUUCUUGCGUGCCCUCGUGAUUGCCCAACGCGAGGUUUGUAAACACGACCAUUUGGUAAACUCGCGGCGCUAGUCAAGGCCCGCGAGGAAGAACGGGAAGAGACACAACUUGGUUCGUUGCGGAUCCUAAGUUCCAUCAAAACAAAGAAGACGAACAAGCCAAAGGGGCUUAUGUUCGCAGAUGUGACGACUGUGAGUGCCACAAUGAGUGCACUCGUGGAUACGGGCACAUCUCGCCUCUUCAUCUAGGAGGAGGCUGUGAGGAAGCUAAAUCUUUUUGUUGAGAAGGGAGCCAAGUGGCUCAAAACAGUGCAUUCAAAGAAACUCCCCAUAUGCAGCGUGGCUAGAGAUGUGGAAGUUUGAGCAA